AUGCGGGAAAGGUAUAUGGAGAGACCUGCACCGCCACCUAUAAAACGCAUACGCUUCACAGAUAUUCCGUUAUCUGUUAGCGAUGAAGAAAUUGAUAAUUUAAUUAAGGGUUUCCCUACUCCUGUGUACAGUAGAUUUUACGUUCAUCAGGAUACCAGAACAGCAGUUUUUGGAUUCCCAAACUUAGAAGAUCUGGAGAAAUGUGCUCAGAUGUACGAGGGAUUGGAGUUGCAUGGUCAGCAGGUCAACGUAGAGCUUUUUGAGCAAGGCUCUAGGAAGCCAUAUGUAGGUUCAUCUAGAAGCUACCAUUUAGCCGGUCGAAUUGGUGGAGAGUUUAGUGAUAAACCUAGCCGUCAACAACGCAGCCAUCAACAACGCAGCCAUCAACAACAGGACUCUCAUCAUAAACCUAAAAGUCGCAGAGGGGUAAGGCAGCCUCAACCCACUACUGAGGAUCUAGAUGCGGAGUUAGAUGCUUAUAUGAAUGGCGAUUAG